AUGGAGAACGCCUUUACCUUGUCGACUGAGCAGGUCCUCGCCCAGCUUGGCGUUGACGGCGCUCUUGGACUGACGGACGCCCAGGUCCGCGAGAAGCGGGCCAAGCACGGCAGUAAUUCCAUCGCCGAGGAGCCACCUACUCCGCUAUGGGAGCUCAUCCUCGAGCAGUUCAAGGACCAGUUGGUCAUUAUCCUGCUGGGCUCAGCCGUCGUGUCGUUUGUGCUCGCCUUGUUUGAGGACGAGGGUGGCUGGAGUGCCUUUGUGGACCCAGCCGUCAUCCUCACCAUCUUGAUUCUGAAUGCCGUCGUCGGUGUCUCGCAGGAGAGCAGCGCCGAGAAGGCCAUUGCGGCGCUCCAAGAGUACUCGGCCAACGAGGCCAACGUCAUCCGCAACAACGGCACCGUCGCCCGCGUCAAGGCCGACGAACUGGUUCCCGGCGAUAUCGUCUCCGUCUCUGUUGGCAGCCGCAUCCCAGCCGACUGCCGUCUGGUCCAUGUCGAGAGCAACAGCUUCGCUGUGGACCAGGCCAUUCUGACCGGCGAGAGCGAAAGUGUUAACAAGGACAGCGCCGCUGUCGUCAAGGACGACAAGGCCGUCAAGCAGGACCAGGUCAACAUGCUCUUCUCUGGCACCACCGUGGUCACGGGCCGCGCGACCACCGUUGUCGUUCUGACCGGUUCCAACACUGCUAUUGGCGAUAUUCACGAGAGCAUAACCGCUCAAAUCUCCGAGCCGACCCCGCUCAAGCAGAAGCUCAACGAUUUUGGCGACUCUCUUGCCAAGGUCAUCACCGUCAUCUGCAUUCUCGUCUGGCUUAUCAACAUCCCCAACUUUGGCGAUCCGAGCCACGGCAACUGGACCAAGGGCGCUAUCUACUACCUUAAGAUUGCCGUGUCUCUUGGCGUCGCGGCUAUUCCCGAGGGCCUGGCUGUUGUCAUCACCACUUGUCUGGCUCUGGGCACGCGCAAGAUGGCCGCCAAGAACGCCGUUGUCCGCAGCCUGCCGUCUGUCGAGACUCUCGGCAGCUGCAGCGUUAUCUGCUCCGACAAGACGGGCACCCUGACCACCAACCAGAUGAGCGUGAACAAGAUUGUCUACAUCCGCGAGGAUGGCAAGGAUCUGGAGGAGCUGACCGUCGAGGGGACCACCUUCUCGCCUCGUGGCAACAUCAAAACCUCCCGUGGCAAGGCCGUGACCAACUUGUCCGAGUCCUCGUCUACCGUCCGCCAGUUGGCCGAGGUCGCUGCGCUUUGCAACGAUGCCCGCCUUGCCUACGACUCGCUCUCAAACACCUUCACUAACAUCGGCGAGCCCACCGAGGGUGCACUGCGCGUCUUGGCUGAGAAGAUCGGUCCCGUUGCCCCCGCCAACACCAAGCCCCGCGACCUUGUUCACCACGCCAGCGCCUACUACGAGGAGAAACUGCCUCGCCUUGCCACCUACGAGUUCUCCCGCGACCGCAAGAGCAUGUCUGUCCUUGUCCAGGACGGCGAUGCCGAGAAGCUUCUGGUCAAGGGCGCCCCCGAGUCGAUCAUUGAGCGGUGCUCGCACACUCUGGUGGGCGCCGACGGCAAGAAGGUGCCGCUGACCCGCGACCUGGUUGAUUUGCUGCUGCGUGAGGUUGUCGACUACGGCAACGAUGGUCUUCGUGUCAUUGCUCUGGCCACCGUCGACGAUGUUUCUGGCCACGCGCUCGCUCACUCGGCCAAGACGACCUCGGAAUACGCUCAGCUUGAGCAGAAGAUGACGCUCGUCGGUCUCGUUGGCAUGCUCGACCCGCCCCGUCCGGAGGUCCCCGAGUCCAUCCGUCUCUGCAAAGAAGCUGGCAUCCGCGUUAUUGUGAUCACGGGCGACAACCGCAACACCGCUGAGAGCAUCUGUCGCCAGAUCGGCGUCUUUGGCGCCGACGAGGAUGUGACGGGCAAGAGCUACACGGGCCGCGAGUUUGACAACCUGAGCCCGAGCGAGCAGCUUGAGGCCGCCAAGACCGCUUUGUUGUUCUCCCGUGUCGAGCCCACGCACAAGUCCCGCCUGGUCGACCUGCUCCAGCAGCUCGGCGAGGUCGUGGCGAUGACUGGAGAUGGUGUGAACGACGCCCCUGCGCUGAAGAAGGCCGACAUUGGUGUCGCCAUGGGUUCUGGCACGGACGUGUCGAAGCUGGCCGCCGACAUGGUCCUGGCCGACAACAACUUUGCCACCAUUGAGUCUGCUAUUGAAGAGGGCCGGUCCAUCUACAACAACACGCAGCAGUUCAUCCGUUACCUGAUCUCCUCCAACAUUGGUGAGGUCGUGUCCAUCUUCCUGACGGCUGCCCUGGGCAUGCCUGAGGCUCUGAUCCCAGUGCAGCUGCUGUGGGUCAACUUGGUCACCGACGGUCUCCCGGCCACGGCGCUCUCGUUCAACCCGCCUGACCAUGACAUUAUGCGCCGCCCGCCCCGCAAGCGGGACGAAGCUCUGAUCAGUGGCUGGCUCUUCUUCCGGUACCUCGUCAUUGGCACGUACGUCGGCCUGGCCACCGUCGCCGGCUAUGCAUGGUGGUUUAUGUACAAUGCGGAGGGCCCUCAGAUUAGCUUCUGGCAGCUGUCGCACUUCCACCGCUGUUCAGCCGACUUCUCUGAUAUUGGCUGCGCCAUGUUCGCCGACGACCGCGCCAAGGCCGCGUCGACCGUGUCGCUGUCAAUUCUGGUCGUUAUUGAGAUGUUCAACGCCAUCAACGCGCUGUCGUCGAGCGAGUCACUCCUGACGCUGCCGCUGUGGAAGAACAUGAUCCUGGUCUACGCUAUCUCGCUGUCGAUGGCGCUGCACUUUGCCCUGCUGUACAUUCCGUUCCUGCAGACGCUCUUCUCGAUCCUGCCGCUCAACUGGAACGAGUGGAAGGCGGUUCUGGUCCUCAGUGCGCCGGUGGUGCUCAUCGACGAGGUGCUCAAGUUCUUGGAGCGCCUUUUCUUUGUUGAUGCUCCGUCCACCGAGGUCACCAAGGUCACCACGGCGAAGAAGCAGAACUAA